AUGGAUACGGCAGGCACGGGCGUUGACGCACUUUUCAGUGAGCGUUUACGCAAGUUCACAGAGUUCCUGGAUAUGUUUGACGAUAGUACGGAUUAUAAGGAGGAAAUUCGAAGGAUGUUGAAUAAGGGAAGCACGCGCUUGGUCGUCUCGCUGGACGACCUUCGAGAGUUUGACCGUGAAAUGUGGAGGGGCGUGUUGGACUCCCCAAGCGAAUUUUUGCCGGCUAUGAAUCGAGCACUUAAAGAAACGGCGUUGGCUAUUAGAGAUUUUUCAGUUCACGAGGUCAAGGAUGAGGACCCUUUCUUUGUAGGCUUCCGUGGCACGUUUGGGGAUCACUUUGUCAACCCUCGUACCAUUGAUGCAGCCUUUUUGGGUCGGAUGGUGUGUGUUGAGGGUAUUGUGACCCGCUGUACCAUUGUUCGCCCCAAAGUUGCUCGAAGCGUGCAUUAUGCUGAGGCCACUGGCGAAUUCUUUGCUCGAGAGUAUCGUGACCAAACAACUAGUUUCGACCCCAUGCCCUCGUCAACUGUAUACCCUACUGACGAUGGAAGAGGUAAUGCCUUGACGAUGGAGUAUGGGUUUUCGACUUAUCGUGACCACCAGACAGUUUCGUUGCAAGAAAUGCCAGAACGGGCACCAGCUGGCCAGCUUCCUCGUGGUAUUGAUAUAAUCAUGGAUGAUGAUCUCGUAGACCGGGUCAAACCUGGCGACCGUGUUCAAAUUGUAGGCGUAUAUCGAUCGGUUGGAAGCGGUGCGCAGCAAAAGUCCACGUUCAAGAACCUGAUUCUGGGUAACAAUGUGGUUAUGCUUUCCAACAAGGGAGCACAAGCUACUGCUGCAACUCAACUUACGGCCGGUGAUAUUCGCAACAUCAACAAACUUGGCCGCCGUGACGAUAUUUUCGAGCUGUUGUCCAAGUCUUUGGCCCCUAGUAUUUAUGGCUUCGAUUACAUCAAAAAGGCUGUGCUCCUAAUGUUGCUGGGUGGUGUCGAAAAGAACUUACCGAACGGAACCCAUAUUCGUGGUGAUAUUAAUAUGCUAAUGGUGGGCGACCCUUCAACCGCCAAAUCUCAAAUGCUUCGUUUUGUUCUAAAUACCGCGACGCUGGCCGUCGCUACAACCGGAAGAGGCUCUACUGGUGUAGGUUUGACAGCAGCAGUUACAACCGACAAAGAUACGGGAGAGCGACGACUGGAGGCUGGUGCAAUGGUUAUGGCCGAUCGCGGUGUUGUAUGCAUUGAUGAGUUCGACAAAAUGUCCGAAGCUGAUCGUGUAGCCAUUCACGAAGUUAUGGAACAGCAGACUGUCACGGUGGCCAAGGCCGGUAUUCAUACCACCCUUAACGCGCGCUGUUCAGUCAUUGCUGCUGCGAAUCCCAUUUUUGGCCAAUAUGACCCCCACAAGGACCCUCAUCGUAACAUUGCUUUGCCCGACUCGCUUCUGUCACGUUUCGAUCUCUUGUUUAUUGUUACCGACGAAGUGGAUCAGGCGCGAGACCGGGCCAUUUCGCAGCAUGUGUUGAAAAUGCAUCAGUAUAUUCCCGAUGGCCUUGCUGAAGGUGUUCCGCAGCGGGAGCCGAGACAGUCUGGAUUGGCAGUUGGUUCAGAAUCCCAAGAAGAUGCCGAAAGUGCACCAGUGUAUGAGAAAUACUCACCAUUGUUACACGCCGGCAUUCGCGAGGCUUCAGACCAGGAACAAAUUCUUAGUAUCCCGUUUGUGCGAAGAUACAUCCACUAUGCAAAGCAACGAGCGAAGCCCGUCCUGUCGCCCGAGGCAGCUGCCUAUAUUACUUCGACGUACAGUGACCUGCGAAAUGAUCCACUAGCCCAUGGACAGCGCCGCACAGCUCCUAUCACCGCCCGUACUCUCGAAACACUCAUUCGAUUGUCGACGGCACAUGCCAAGGCACGGCUCUCAGCCCGGGUCGAGGAGGCGGAUGCUGAAGUCGCCCACCAGAUUCUUCGCUACGCGCUGUAUCGUGAAGUCACUGAGCCUGGUCGUCACAAGCGCCGGCGGAUUGAGCAGGAAUCGCCCGUCAUCUUGGACAGCGACGACGACGACGACGAUGAAAGCGUUAUGUCCCUUUCCGACGAGGAAGAAGAGUUCACUGUCGCCGACGUAAAUGCGCAACCUCCAGCAGCCGAACCCGCCAGUGAAGCGCCCGCAGGCGAAAUACGACGAUCGGCCCGCGUCCUCCAACAAGCCAGCCAGGCAAGCGCCGUGCCAGAAAUCACAGGCAUCACGCCGCAGCGCCUGCAGCGGUUCACUCAACUCUGCGGCCAGGUCAUGUCGGUUGCCGUUUCUGACGACACGUCGGUGGCUAUCCCGGAACUGGUGCGGCUCAUCAAUGAAAAAGUGCCCACCGAGGACCAAUUCACCGACGAGGAGGCCAGAGCAGCCCUCAAAUACAUGCACGACCGCAAUAUGGUCUUUGUCCACGAAGAAGCAGACAAAGUAUACACUAUUUAG